ACCAAAACCAACAACCGACCCGAAUUAUCCACCCGAUUCCCAAAGUCCAAAAUCAGAGUGGUCGGUCAAACAUAUGAAAAUUCCAACAGCAGAGCCGACGGCCUUCCUAAUUUCCACCUCCUUCCUGCGCGGUGGCUGUCGUCAGAGACUUUGACAUUGGAUUCUCAAAGAGAUUACAGAGUUUGAUCCGUUUCCUCUGUUACAAUCCUGCUUUCCUUCUAACUGUGAUUCUGCAACAAAAGUUUUGAAUUUUCUUGCUGUUACACGGCCACGAAUCAAGCGUUGGCCAACCAGAAAUUAUUAUGGGGCUUUUCACCUAUAGCAUUGCCGGCGGGGGAUUCAUCUUGAUUGGCGCUUGGGAAUCCCUCGUUGCUUCGUCGGAAUCUCCCAACCUUGAUCCGGCAUCACGUCCCCCGGCAAAUCAAAAUCAACCCAAAAGCGGAUUGCUUCCGUCGUCGUCCGUAACCUUCGCAUCAAUCUCUGCCCUUUCCUUCCUAUUCGUGCUUAACACUCUGGUCUCACUCUUCGAUGCCCUCAGCUCCAAGGAUCAGGUCGGCUUCGCCUUCCAGUUGGAGGUACUUGCGAUUGGUCUUCUGUUUUUAGUUUAUUCGAUUUUGGGUCUUUUAACCCACAUCAGGGGUUCUUUCCGGCUGCCGGCGGCAUUGCUGAAUUUACUGUUUCUUUUCGCUUUUGGUCAAGAAUUUGUGUUUUUCUACGUCCGGAGAAAGGACCCAGAUGGGAUCGAGAAUCGCUACUAUGAUCUUUUCUUAGUGCCUAUAGGGAUUUGCAUAUUUUGUACUAUGCUUGAAUUGAAAAAUUCCAGAUCGAGUUACGCCAGAUUGGGGCGUGGGGUUGGGUUGAUUUCUCAGGGGUUAUGGAUUGUUCAGAUGGGUUUCUCAUUCUUCUCCGAUAUGAUGGUGAGGGGAUGCUUUUUGCAAGGAAAAAGCAGGGGAAACUACACUAUCAAGUGUAAAGGUCACCCUGAGUAUCAUCGAGGUCGAGCCAUUGCAACCCUUCAAUUCAAUUGCCAUCUUGCUUUCUUGGCGACUUUGCUUGUGGUGGUGUACGGGAUUAUUUGCAGGAAGCGCGGAAUUAGGCCUGAUCAUUUGCGGUAUAGGCCUCUUGGAGCUGAAAUGUCACAUUUGGAUGGUCAGACUCAGUUUACUCUGGAUUCUGAUGAUGAUGAGAAUGGGAUUGAAGAAGUGAGGAGUGUGGAAAUGCAAAAGGCUAUUGUUUCAGUGCCUGCUUCGGAGGUUAAUGGCUAUGGUACUCAUUGAAGAGGUAAUCGUGUCUCUGAUUUUUGUUCAAAGAUAGGAAGCAUUCAAAUCAAUAUUUCAAUGAUAAUUUUUUGUGACUUUUUCUAUGUCCAAUGUCAAAGAAUUUUUUUAUUUGCUUAGUAGUAGUGAAGGAAACUGAUCUUUGUGGUUAGUAUUGCGGCAAUAUGUACUUAUCAGACAUGUAGGGUAGGUGUUUCCUGUUCUAAUGAUAAUCAGUUGUAAUAGAUUUACCUUUAGCUGGUGGUAAUGGUAUUGAGUUUGAGAAAUGUAUCAAGAUGCAAAUUUCCAUGCUUCUUUAAUAUUCAUGAUUGGGAGCUAUGGUUUAAUACUUUUGCAAUCUCAUACAAGGCUUGCGUCUUUGUCCUGCUACUACUAAAUUUUCCCACUUCACCAUGCAUAUGCAGCAGUUAGGUCAUAUUGUUGGCCUUACAUAUUAUAUAUACGGGAAAUAAUGAGUGAAAUGUUCAUUUGAUGGUUCACUG